UUCACUACCACUUAUUUGCAGGAUCUAAAGUGCAGGAGACAAUCAUCUAGAGAGAAGACACAACAAAAAACUGUACCAUGCCUCACUACAAACUCAUUUAUUUUAACAUGAGAGGAAGAGCAGAAAUUAUUCGCUACCUUUUGGCCUAUUUGGGCAUACAGUAUGAGGACCAUCGAAUAAAUCAAGCGGACUGGCCUGCAGUCAAACCAACUAUUCCAUUUGGCAAAAUUCCAAUUUUAGAAGUGGACGGAGUUUCCCUUCACCAGAGUCUCGCCAUAGGAAGGUUUUUGGCUAGAGAAGCAGGUCUGGCGGGGAAGACAGAGUUGGAACAAUGUCAAGUUGAUGCCAUCAUAGAUACGCUGGAUGACUUCAUGUCAAGGUUUCCUUGGGCAGAGAAAAACAAAGAUAUCAAAGAUCAGAUGUUUAAUGAGUUGCUCAAAAACGAUGUUCCUGGGUUAAUCCAAGAUUUGGAACUUUAUUUAGGGAAGAAAGACUGGUUUGUUGGCAAUUCUGUAACCUGGGCUGAUUUCUACUGGGACAUUUGCAGCACCACACUUUUGGUCCUUAAACAAGAUUUGUUGGACAAACAUCCUAAACUGGUAGCUUUACGAGAAAAAGUUCAAAACAUUCCUGUGAUUGCUGAUUGGAUAAAACAGAGGCCAGAAACCAGAUUGUAG